AUGAGCCUCUGCCGAAUCUCGAGGCAGGAGCAAGGAAACCUUUCCGCCAGUGUUUCGGCACGCGCGAGACACGGAACCACACCUAAGUGGUCGGAGCCCGGAGAUGUCGCGCCUCAAACCGGUACAGAGGGUCUUGCGUCAGUGUCGUGUCGAGAUCGAAAGCAUCGUCCGGUAUCCGCAGUCCAUCGGAAAGUGGUGAUGAAACGUACAGCGCGGCUGCAAGAGAAGGGGAGUCGGAGAGGGGAAGUUGGACCGAAUCGACGAGCGCGUCGCUAG